AUGAAGACUCUUGCCUUUAUUGUCAUAAUAAAUGCAGUGGAGGUAAUUUUUGAAAUUAUUACGCCGUCAAAAGCAUCAACAUCUGUCAUGGUGACUUGCCCAAAAGACUGCGAUAAACCACGUCUGUUGGACCGGAACUGUCUCUCUUGCUAUAAAGUCGACUCUAAUGACACACAAGACGAAAUGAUGCUGCGGACAUCAACUACACAACACAACGAAAUGAGUUGUACGUAUUGGCAACAAGUGUGUAUACAAGAUUGUUCAACAAAGAAACCCACAGCAAAAGAACCGCCCACUGUCUAUGAAAUAUAUAUUUGCGAAGAGAAAUGUAAGGCCGAUUGGUUUUGCUUUUUGGAAAGAUACGAUGCAGAGCACAAUCAACGCAGGUUGUUUGAUACAAGCAAUUCUAUAAAUUAG